AAUCGAAAAAUGAUCUUCUUCUUCGUCGUUUUCGAAAGUUUCAUCAUCGUUGCUGUUUUUGAAGUUUAUUUUUGUUUUUUUGGUUGGAAAAUUCUUCAUUGAAUCUUCAUCAAAUUUCAAUGAAAACAAUGAUGUUGAUGUUGUGAAGAUUCUCGCCAAGUUUUUCGUCUUUCGUUUUGUUUUGUCUUACUUCUUUCGUUUUGUCUUUCGUUUUUUGAAGCAAUCAACACAAUCGAAUCGAAUGUCUUCGGAUAAUUCAUCGACGAUUGAUUUGGAUGAUCAAUCGAUGAUCGAUAAUCAAUCAAAACCUAUACCACCACCACCACCUCCACCUCCGCCUCCUUAUUUAUCAUUAACCGAAAAAUCAUUAUCAUUAUUAGAUUCAUUUACAAUUAAAAGAUUGAAAUCAAUCAAUCUGGAUGAAGAUCAAAUUGUUUUAUUUGCCUGUCAAAGAUUUAUUAGCCUAUUUCGUUCAUUUAUAAAUGAAUAUAAAUCAUUAACAUUAUUUUCAUUAUAUCAUCAUUGUGAUUCAAUCAUACAGAAUGGUCCUACUUGCGGAUUAGUUGCAUUGAAAAUGUCCCUAACAUUGAUCGAUAAUGAAAUGGAUAUUGAUAUUGGAAAAUUAUAUCAAAAAGCACGAUCAUAUGGUUAUACAAAAUUUGGUGAAAUGUUUUCAGUUGAAAAUAUGGUUAAAUUCAUUUCGAAUGAAUUUUUAUUAACUGUUGAACAUUGUUAUGAUUUAGAACGAUCAAUGUUUGAUGUUGUCAGGCAUUUAUGUUAUCGACAACCAAUUCUUGUACCAUAUGAUGCUGAUUUUAAUUAUGAACCUGGCCUGAAACAAGGUAAUCGUGCACAUUGGGCAUUUAUUUGUGGUUUUUGUUUAUUGGAUCCAAUCGAUAUGUGCAAUUAUCAAAAAAUGGGUAAAAAAAUUUCAUUCAGUGAUUAUAUUAUAACAAUGAAAAAUGAUUAUAAUCAAAAUGAAAUAUCCAUAUGUCCAUUAUCGUUGAAACAUACAAAUUGGUGGUCAAUAUUUGAUUAUAUAAAACGUUCCAUAUCUAUUGAACGAUUAUUUGUUUAUGCCCGACAUGGUACAAGUAAACAUUUACAACUAUGGAAUUAUCGAAAAUUAUGUGAAAGUAAUCGUAAUUUACAAAAAGUAUCCCAAAAAAUUUUAAAUGAUUUUUAUCGUAAAAAUAUGAUCUAUCCAAAUGAUGGUCGUUUAGAUCAAACACUUUCAAAUCAAUUUAUUAUGAUUCAUGGUUAUAAUAAAUUUUUAUAAAAUAUACAAAUUACAAAUUCUACAAAUUACACACUUGAAUAUUAAAAAAU